GAUUUUGGAAGUUUAGACUGCACUGACCGAUUGCAGAGUUCACAUGCUCACGUGAUAUUACUAUAAAUAGAAAUAUUAAAAAUAAAUAUAAAACAUGGCUACAAUGGAUGAUUUUUUCCAUAAAGUGCAACGCAAACAUCCCAACAUUCUUGACGAUUUACGGGAAAUCUUCAAAACCACCCAAAGCGAUUCCCCACAGCGCUCAAUCACCCUUUCCCAAAUACGUGCUGCCUACAACCGACGGACUGGCGAGGAUUUUCCCGUCAAGGGAGGCACGCGAACCCAAAUGUGUUUCGUCCUAACAAUCCCUUAUGUCGCCUGCUUCACCAGUCAAAUUGGCACUUUGCGAUUCUUUACCAUCGAUGCUAAUCAGGAAUAAGGGAGGAUCUGAACAACAAUACUAGUCGUACCAGUGCAAUUCAGUAUACUAUAAAUAUAAAAUGCAAUAUUCGUAUUAACAAAAAUAAUAUAAAUGAAAUCUAAAUAAAGAAUCUUU